AGGCGCGGGCUCCCCGGCUUCCGGGGGCGCACUUCCUCCUCCGUCUCCUAGCAACGGCUGGAAGCGUUGUUGACAACCCAGGCAGCCGUAGAGCCGGACUGAGCCCGGAGUUUUCGCCGCCGGCGCGAUGGCAGAAGUGGAGGAAACCCUAAAGAGGAUACAAAGCCAUAAAGGGGUUAUUGGAACAAUGGUUGUAAAUGCAGAAGGCAUUCCGAUCCGAACAACCUUGGACAACUCAACAACAGUUCAAUAUGCAGGUCUUCUCCAUCAGCUGACUAUGAAAGCCAGGAGCACAGUCCGUGAUAUUGAUCCUCAGAACGACCUCACCUUUCUUAGGAUCAGAUCAAAGAAACACGAAAUCAUGGUGGCUCCAGAUAAGGAAUAUCUUCUGAUUGUCAUUCAGAAUCCAUGUGAAUAGCCCUGCUACGGCCAAGUCCCUCCUGUGACACCGUGUUGCAAACACCUUGCGUGUUAACAAUUCCUAAGAUUCCAUUCCAACUUAACUGAUCUUUUUUGGACUUAACUGAUUCUUUUCUAUUUUUACAUUUAAACUAUUGCCCGUGUCUCGUUUAGUCCCUUUUGAACGUAUUGUAAAGUUGUGAUUUAGCUAUAUAAUAAAUAAAUUCUAGUA